GUUGGAACCUGAUAGAACAUUGGCAACUCAACAUCUUUCUAAAUAUAAAAUAAACAAGGAACACCUCUUAAUUGUACUUUGUGGAAAUAUUAACAAUUCAUAUAAAUUGAAUACUCUUGUAAUCAGAAAAUAUAAAAAACCACGCUGCUUCAAAAAUAUCAAUGUUAGUAAUUUGCCUGUAAAUUACAGAAGCAGUAUUAAAGCUUGGAUAAUUACAUCUCUCUUUCAAGAAUGGAUUAAAGAAUUUGAUCACCAAGUUGAUUUACAAUUUUUGCUGCCAAAUACUAUUUCAAGAAUUCAGCCUAUGGAUGCUAGAGUUAUUGUGAGCUUCAAAAGAUAUAAUCGCCACCUUCAUGUUUGUUUCUUGGAAGAUCAACAUCAAACUACAGACCCUGUGUUUGAUGACAUUGCAGAUAUACUUGAAGCUCUUGACCUCCUUGACCCUAUGCAAAUUGAUGAGUUUUUGGUAAUUGCUGAAGAAAAUAUUGUUUAUGAAGUUUUUCCAGAUGAUCAAAUUAUUACAGAGCUUGUUGAAACAUUCAGAACUAAUGAUCUGAUUGUUACUGACUUAGAAGAUGCAAAUGAUAGCUUUGAGAUACCUGUGGUUAGUGCCAAUAUAGCAAAUACAAGUUUGAAAACUAUAUAUACAUUUUUAUUUCAGGAGAAUGGUACAGAAGAAUAUUAG